AGGUGGCGGCACCGUAUGUUUUGUUUUGAAAACCUGAUAGAGCGUGAUAUAGGUGUGAUAUGAAUCACAUGAACUUUUAUUUUAUGGUUAUUUUCUUGUUAAGAAAUAUAGCGUAUUUUGAUGCAGAGUGAUGCCAGACCCCCCUAUCGUAAGUGACGAGGGAGGUAACGGCAGCAGCAGCAGCAGCAGUGCAGGAGGUGGAGGAGUUGGUGUUGGUGGAGGUGGUGUUGUGGUAGUUGGUUUGUGUGGAGGUGGUGUUGGAGGAGUGGAGGCGGGUGGAGGAGGAGCCAGUAUGGGCAGUUCAGUAAUUGAAGAUUCAGGAGGGGGCAUUGGAGGCCUGACACAAUCACCUCGACAUCAUCACAGUCAUCAUCACUCCCAUCAUCAUCACAGCCGAGAUGGACAUCAUCAAGGAAAAAGUGCUGUCAAAUAUGGAGAACUUAUUAUUCUAGGAUACAAUGGUCAUUUACCUCCAUCUGAUCGAGGAAGACGACGCAGCAAAUUUAUGUUAUUCAGGCGACAGAAUUUUAAUGGUGUUAAAGAAGAUAGAAGGUAUACUGUAAGGCAGCCUCAAAACACGCAGGCGAUCCUGAAUAAUCAACAGCACAGCAUAUCCUACACAAUGUCUCGGAAUCAGGCCGUAAUCGUGGAGUACAAGCCUGAUCCUGAGACAGACAUGUUUCAAAUUGGAAGAUCUUCAGAACCUCCUAUUGACUUUGUCGUCAUGGACACAGUGCCUGGCGAGAAACAUGGAGAGGCAAAGGUUUCACAGAGCACCAUUAGCAGGUUUGCUUGCCGAAUCAUUGCCCACAGAACCACAAGAGAAGCAAGGAUAUAUGCUGCAGGCUUUGAUUCUUCACGCAAUAUAUUUUUAGGAGAAAAAGCAACUAAGUGGCAGAACUGUGAUGAGAUGGACGGACUCACCACGAACGGCAUCCUCAUCAUGCAUCCUAUUGCUAACCCCAUGGACGAGCGCGGCGAAGGGGAGGUGGGGCUGUGGAGAGAAGUGUCGGUGGGGGGCGGCGUCUAUGUGCUCAGGGAGAGCAGGUCCUCGGCACAGAGAGGAAUGAAGGUCGAGGACGAAGACAACAGAUUGCAAGAUGGGACCCUCAUCGACCUCUGUGGAGCAACGCUGCUGUGGCGCUCCGCUGAAGGGCUUGUCAAGUCUCCCACAAAGCGACACUUGGAACAAAUGUUGGACGAGCUGAACGCAGGGCGACCGCAGUGCCCCGUUGGCCUGAACACUCUCGUCAUCCCACGGAAGGAGACGUUGACGGCGUCCGAGAAACAGCCUCUUGCUUACCUCAACUGCGGACACGUGCAAGGCCUCCAUCAGUGGGGCCACGAGAAGGACAGCAACGUGCGCACCUGUCCCAUGUGUCUCAUGGUCGGGCCAGUCGUUAAGUUGUGCAUGGGCAUCGAGCCCGCAUUUUAUGUAGACAUAGGACCUCCUACGUUUUGCUUCAAUCCAUGCGGCCACAUGGCCACUGAGAAAACUGUGAAAUAUUGGGCAUCAGUGCCCAUACCUCACGGCACGAACGGCUUCCAGGCAGCGUGUCCUUUCUGCGCGACAGCUCUGGAAGGUCAUCCUGGAUACUCUAGGCUAAUUUUUCAAGACAAUUGCGACUAGCGUAGGUGAAGCUCUAGUUAUAAUGUAGCGCCCAACUCGCGUUUCGGCGACAGCAAUCUCGCUGCUGUGGCCCUAGCUUCAACUUUACCUGCGGGGGGUUUAACAAGUAUUUUGACUUAGUGGCUCAAAAAUAUUCUUCUUUUUUUUUUUU